AUCAAUCUGCUUGCAAUUUACCAUGAAGAUGCGAAUGUGGGACCAAUUUGCUUCCAUGUGUUUGGCAGUUGUCACUUGCACCAUUGGAUGUGCUUUCACUGGGGGGAUGCCACCACGACAGCGAGGAGAACAUUUAGUACUGAAAGCUGAAGGUGCCGGCAGGCCGGUCGUUGCCGUGCUUGGAGCCAAUGGCCGUACUGGGUCAAUGAUCGUGGAGGAGAUGGCUGACGAGAUGAAGGAUGGCACCAGGACCCCAACUUUGGUGUUAAGAUGGUGCUGUGCCCUCAUCAACUACAAGGCCUUCUUGGACGCCAAAGUUCUGAAGGAGGAUGAGGAUGCAGAGGCGCUGGCAAGGAGCCCUGCCAAGCCCAGGGCGCUGACUCGAUCGGGCAAAUGGAAAGGAUCAGAGGGCAGCAAAGUCAACCGUGAAGACGUGGAAGUUGGGCAGGCUGAUGUGACUGACUCCGGGUCCUUGGCUUUGGCCUUGGCCGGUGUUUCGGCGGUUGUGUUUGCAGCCGCCUAUUCCAGAGGCAAAACCGAGCCCAAGGAUGUGGACAAUGGCGGCCUGGUGAAGUGUGCCAAGGUUGUUUUGGAGAAAGGAAUUGAGCGCCUUGUUGUGGUGAGCAGCGCCUCCGUCACCAGACCAUAUGCGCCUGUAGGUGUUUUGCUGAAUACGAUUGGCUCAGGGGUUUUGAGCGAGAAACUCAAGGGCGAAGAGAAGGUCAAGGAAUUGUUUGAGAACGCUGAGUCGACCUACACAAUUGUCCGGCCUGGUGGAUUGACCAUGGAUCCACCGGUUGGGUUUGCUGAGCUUCAGUUCAAUCAAGGAGAUACUUAUGUCGGAAAUGUGCCCCGUGCAGAUGUCGCCGCAGUAUGUGCAGUUGCUGCCACGGACCCUUUAAACAGUGGAGCCAACAAGACCUUUGAAAUGUUCAAGGCGCGCACUCGAGAGCCACUGCUGCCAUGGUACCGUGGCAAGACCCGCUAUGUUGUGGGAAAUAUUCGUGACUGCAGUGCAAUGCUGGCAAGGCUGAGGCCAGACAAGGAGGUGUAUGACGUGCCUGGAAUGUUGCCAAUUUCUUUAGCCGAUUUUGCUCUGGGAUGGGCACGCAAAUGAUGAUUUUCCUCGUGCCUGUUCGUUCAUCACAGCUUUGAAGCGCUGCCCUCUGUAGUGGAGUUUCUGGUUUUGAGCCGUUGGAUCUGGCAGUUUUUCCGCCGAAAUGCACUUAGCGCAUUUCGCCGGUUGCGGCAA